UACCAGGAGUACGUAGAUGAGACCUCACGGCAUACUAGCAUUCCGGCUCACUAGAGGACUUACAUUUGCACAGGCGGCAGUACAUUCACCACACUUUACAAGAUGCCGAAGCUUUCACAAGACGAAAUCGACGACUUGAAGGACGUUUUCGAACUUUUUGACUUCUGGGAUGGUCGUGAUGGAGCUGUCGAUGCCUUCAAGCUCGGCGAUGUGUGCAGGUGUUUGGGAAUCAACCCCAGGAACGAUGACGUAUUCGCCGUAGGAGGCACACACAAAAUGGGCGAGAAGUCCCUUCCCUUCGAAGAAUUCCUCCCCGCCUACGAGGGUCUCAUGGAUUGUGAACAGGGAACAUUUGCCGACUACAUGGAGGCUUUCAAGACCUUCGACAGGGAAGGACAGGGAUUCAUCUCCGGGGCCGAGCUUAGGCACGUCCUCACCGCGUUAGGCGAGAGAUUGACAGACGAAGAAAUUGACGAAAUCAUCAGUUUGACAGAUUUGCAGGAAGAUCUUGAAGGAAACGUGAAAUACGAAGACUUCGUAAAGAAAGUGAUGGCCGGUCCAUACCCAGACAAAUAGACGAUCGCCGCAUUCGAAAAUAAAAUGUGAAGCCGUUUCCAAGAGUAAAAUUGACAUUUUUUGUAAAAAGAAAUUUCGUUUCAUCGUUCUGUCAAAAGUUCAAGGGUAGGUCUUACAAGAUGCUGCCAGCUUCCGAGUCAUCCAUAUGCUUAGAUACAACGAACAACAAAAAGAAUAGAAACAAAAAUGCCGUCAGCUUUCAGUGCCAGAAAUAAGAUCUUAUUAUAACAACAACAACAACAACAACAGAUUGUACACAGCAUCCCCGUAUUUUGUAAGACCUUCCUUUCACUUAAUAUCAAUUUUGCCGUGUUAAUAAUGUUACAAAUUUUAAUGUUAUUAAUUUAUAUCGCAUUUAUAUAUAUAUAUAUAUUUCAACCUUUAACCGGUACCGGUUAGAUAUGACAUCACUUCCGGGUCACGUGACCCGAUUUUGUACAGUAUGUUAAGGUUGUAUAUUUGUAAAGAAUGAAUGAGGUUGAGGACAAUGUGAACAGGAUAUUCCCUUUUGCAUCCUCGAAGCGUGAACUAGUGCAAUAUUUAUUAUUUUCCCAAAUAAAAAUGUUUCUUCCUAAAACCGUUUUCUGUUCAUACCUCUUACGUAUUUUGUACAUUGAGAUAUGUAUAAUUUACUCACUUAGUGUCCUCAACUUAAGCUGAAGAAAUGUUAAUCUUCACCUUCGUUAUUAGAAAUAUGUAUUUCUGUAUAUAGAUUUAUUACGAAGUCCACACUUCUUAACUCAAGCUUUCCAUUCUACAUAGCCAACUCUUCAAUCUACAGAAAAUGUCGGUGAAACUAUUAAGGAAAUGUGACUUAUCCAUCAGGAAGGAGCGGAUAACAACAGCUAAUAAAGUAACUUCCUGUCCUAAAAUGU